GAAGUCCAGUUUGAAGACUUAGUGGGGGCUGGUGUUGUUGACAGUGCGGACACGGCUCAUAUUAAACACCUGAUGAAGACAUGGACUCUGAGCAGCUGUUCCUGGAUCAGUUCAAACCCAGCGGAGACGCAGAGGCGCUCUGGUUAAAGGACAUCUUCAGAUUCAUCACACUACACCUGGUUCCUGUCCUCUAUGGCUCCGCCCCUCCUGCUGCUGACCACUUAUUGACAGCUGCAGGUGUGUGUACUCAUCAGCUGAGUGUGUGUGUGGUGAGGAAGAUACAGAACAACAUGGCCGUCACACACACCUUACCUGUCAGCUACAGACUGGUGUCCAUCUCUGAGCUGCGCUCCCGGCAGCACCUGGCCUGUGUCAGUAACCUGUCAUGGAGCACCAAUCAGCAGCGAGCAUGGGUCAAGGAGGCGGAGCUUUCGCUGCCGGGUCACCAGGCUCUGCCACGAGUCAACCUGCUGCUGAUUGGCUGUCUGAGAGAGGGGCGGGGCAGAGAGUGGAGGCUGAUGGACGCCAGUGGCAGCGUCAGGUGUGAGUGCCUGUCUCCAUCUCCUCUAUGGAUGAAUUGUCCUGUCUUCCUCCCUCACUGGAACUACAUCCCCCACAAUGCCCCGGGGCAGGACCAGGACCAGGAUGAGGGCGGAGGGUACGUGGAGCUGAUUGGAUCUCCCGUUCUGCUGUGUCCCGGUCCUGAGCAGGGAUUGGCUGUUGGUCCUGGAGGAGGGGCGGGUCUUAGCAGAGCAGUCGGAGUCAGAGAGGCUGCUGGUUUACUGCACAACAGGACUCGUGGACAGCGUGUCUCAGUCUGUGGACAGGUGGCUUCAGUCUGUCCUCUGCUGGAUGUAGCAGGAACAACCUUUUUCUGCUUCUCGCUGACGGACGACGUCCACACUCUUCCUGUCCUCGUCAAGGACAGCAGCAGGCUGUGGUGGACUCAGUGUGUGUGUGUUGGUCAGAGUGUGUGUGUGACGGCACUGCGUGUGUGUGUCCUACGAGGCUGGAGAGGAAACAACGUCCUGUGUGUGACAGACCAUUCUGAAAUACACACAAACUACACACACACUCCUGCGGAUGACACACACACUGACUCACCCACAGACACGCCCCCUCCGCUGAUGAUGUCACACGUCAACAAUGACGACUGUGAAGAGGCGGAAGCUGACAGAGACGUCGUCCAAUCAGCUGUCAGGAUGAAAAAGUCCAGAGUCAUCAGUUACCAGGGUACUGUGACUGAGGUGGUGAGUGAGGGGGCGGGGCUGUACGUCAUCGACAGGAAGGUGGGACUGUGCCUGGCCUAUCAGCCGACUCUGAGGAGGAAACUGAGAGCAGGAGACUCUGUGGAGCUCCAUCAUGUCCACUUCCUGUACCGGCCCUGUCCUGAUUUUCCUCCCAGCAUGCUUUGCACCUGUCUGCGCUCCACCCUCAGGGUCACCACCUUCAGCAGGGUGGUGGGCUCAUCGCCGGACUCCAGCUGCCCCGGUGAUGGGGUGUUACCACGGUUACUGCUGGAGAAGAACAUGGGCGUGUCUGAGUACCUGUGGACUUGUCACCUGAGCUCCCAGCUCACACACAGUCUGGUUCCCAGUGUGUUGAAGCAGCAGUGUGUGUGUGUGUUGUCCUGGAAGAUGAUGGAGUUUGUGUGGAGACGAGGAAGAGGAGGAGGAAGAGGAAGACGUGACAUCUACUUGGAGAUGUUGGACAAGCCUCACACCUGUCCUCUAACACAGUACAGCGUGGACCCUGCAGUGUCUCAGUCCAUCAGUGUAUCAGAGCUCACUCAGUCCCUCCAGUCAGAGUGCUGGUCUUCUUUGUCUCUGAGCUCUCUGCUGCCCUCUGGUGGACCCAGUCUGACCAGGUCUCAGAUAAACACAGCACUGUCCUGGUCCUGUAGGACUCUGACCUCUGACCCUGAGACUGGAGACGCACUCAGGCGGCGCCCCCUGCUGGUGGUCGGUGUGUUGGAGCUGCCGUCACAGACGUCUGAACACACUCUGCAGCUCAGAGACAGAACGGGAGCUGUGGCCUGCGUCGUCACGGAAACCAGCCAGGAAGAGGAGGGAGGUCAGAGGGCAGCCUUCAACACCGCCUGGAUAGGUUGUCUGGUGUGUGUACAUCAGUUCACCAUGGUAACAGAAAGAUUCCUCCAAUCAGAUUUCCCCUCCCACCAACACCUGGAGCAGGACCAGUACAUCACACACAAACACUGCAGAGUGUACCUGCAGUUCUCUCUGGACCACGUCCACAUCCUGAGUCCGUCUGUUGCCAUGGUUACACACCUGGGACAGAGGGGGGCGGAGUCAGGAGGUGAGGUCACAGACAGGAAACAGACUGCAGGGAGGAGGAAGAGAAGAAGAGAAGAAGAAGAAAGCUCCUCCCCCUCUGUCUCCUCCAUGGUCACCAUGACGGGCGGCGGCUCCCAGCCCUGCGUCUCCAUGGUGAUCCGGGUGGAGCAGAAGGACGGCGUGGCCUGGAGGAACACGGGGGCAGGGUUAAAGGGGGAUGAGGCCGGCCUGACGCAGUGCUUCUCUGUCAGAGCAGAUGUGAUUGGUCCGGUGGUCAGCUGGGGGUGGGACCCGAAGAACGGACCAAUGACAGACAGAGAGGUGGAGUCAGAGAGACAGGAGAAGGUGGUCCUGGUGCUCUCAGGUGUGUCAGCUCGAUGGUUUCCUCUCCUGCAGCCUGGAUGUUUCUAUAGACUCAUCGCCGCUAACACACAGCAUGUUCCAGUUCCUGCCAAUAUCCAGCAACUUGGCACAGCCAUUGAAGAGGAGUGGACCAACAUUCCACAGGCCACAAUCAACAACCUGAUCAACUCUAUGCGAAGGAGAUGUGUUGCACUGCGUGAGGCAAAUGGUGGUGAUCCCAGCGUUCUGAUUGGCUGUGGUGUUUCUGGGUGGAGGGGGGUGGAGCUCCACACUGACCCCACCCUGCAGGUCCCAUCUGAAUGGAGGUUCCACACUCUGCUCCGCCCACUGCGGCUGCACACCUGCACACAGGCUGUCCCAUCUUCUGUCCCGUCCUCUGUCCUGUCUGUCUCUGAUGUGCUGGACUGCAGCUCAGAGCUGGUGUGUGUUCAGGCUCAGGUGUGUGACAGGAUCAGUCUGAACGACAGGACCACUGACUCUGCUGCAGGUGUGAGACUCACAGUGUGUGACCACAGUGGGAGGAGCCUCCAGGUGUACCUGGACCUGAGCCACACCCCCUACCCACCUGGCCUGUUGCCUGGCAACACACUGCUGCUGUCUGCUUUCCAGAGGAGAGUGUCCAGGUCAGGAGGAGUGUAUUGCAGUUCUCUUCCUGUCAGCUCAGUAACUGUUAUCUCACUGGGAGAUACGAGCUCCGCCACGCCUCCUCCUGCUCCCAUGAUGCACCUGGGUGUGUGGGCAGAGAGCAGGGAGCAGAGGAGCACUGUAGGUCGGGUCAAAGGUCACGUGGUGUGUUUCCUGUUCCUGCAGCUGCAGUGGAGCUGCUCACUGUGUGGGAGCGUCUACACACAGGUGUUCUACUGUGUGUUCUACUGUGUGUCCCAUUGUGUGUUCUACUGUGUGUUCUACUGCGUGUUCUACUGUGUGUUCUACUAUGGGUUCUACUGUGUGUUCUACUAUGGGUUCUACUGUGGGUUCUACUGUGUGUUCUACUAUGGGUUCUACUGUGUGUUCUACUAUGGGUUCUACUGUGGGUUCUACUGUGUGUUCUACUAUGUGUUCUACUGUGUGUUCUACUAUGUGUUCUACUGUGUGUUUUACUAUGGGUUCUACUGUGUGUUCUACUGUGUUCUGCUGUGUGUUCUACCGAGUUCUGCUGUGUGUUCUACUGAGUUCUUCUUUGUGUUCUACUGUGUGUGUUCUACUAUGCAUUCUACUGUGUGUGUGUUCUACUGUGUCUUCCAGUGUGUGUUCUACUGUGUUCUACUGUGUGUUCUACUAUGGAUUCUACUGUGUUCUACUAUGGGUUCUACUGUGUGUUCUACCGAGUUCUGCUGUGUGUGUGUGUGUGUGUGUGUGUGUGUGUGUGUGUGUGUGUGUAUCAGGCUGGUGAUGGACGACGGGACAGGUGAGGCUCACGUCUGGUUCUCCGGCGCUCUGGUUCGUCCUCUGCUGGGAUUGGCUGAUUCUCAGUGGGAGGGGCUUCAGAGAGCGCUCAGGGUCAGAGGUCACAUCAGAGUGUACCCUCGGGGGCGGAGCCUGGUGUGUGACUCUGAUGACCCUCUGGUCCACUUCCUGUUGUGUGUGUGCGGCAGUGAUGUCACGUGUCGUCAGCUCUCUGUCACCUGCAGGAAACACAACACCCAGAGAUCAGAAGAGGUGAAGAGGUUCAGUCGAGGAGAACGAGACUUCAUGACCAGAGUGACUCCGCCCCUACAGCUCACCUGUCUGCACCUCAACACCUGUCUGUGACACAGAUUGAUCUCACCUGUCUGUGACACACAUGGAUCUCACCUGUCUGUGACACAGACUGAUCUCACCUGUCUGUGACAGGCUGAUCUCACCUGUACACACACUGACACACAGACAGGAAGAGGCGGAGCCAGCUCACCUGUACCCUGACUGGAGGGAGCAGGUCCUCGUAUAAGGAGAUCACCAUGUUUCUACAGUAGCCCAGAGUGGACAAACCAAACACUGGCUCUGUAUGAGGACAUUCAUGUGUUCAUAUCACACAGCAGUUUUACUUCCUGUUUGACAGCAGUUCUACUUCCUGUUUGACAGAUGAUGAUGUCACAGACUGAACCUCCAACACACUGUUAUUAAAUCUGUUUCUGAUCAG